AUGAGCACAAACUUGUCCAAGGACAAUAACACACAGCCCAUAGUGGAGCCACUGGAUGGAGCCACAAUGCUCCACAUGUUCCUGCCAACUAUGUACUCCAUGAUCUGUGCUAUGGGCCUAACUGGUAACUUGGCUGUCAUUUUCAUGAUCCUGAGGCCACCAAAGAUGAAAACGAUAACUGCUGUAUUUGUCCUGAACCUAGCUAUUUCUGAUGGGCUCUUUGUGCUGGUGCUCCCUAUCACUGAGUAGUUGCUACAGCACUGGCCAUUUUGGGAGCCAUUUUGCAAGCUGGUACUGACCAUUGACCACUACAACACCUUCUCCAGCACCUACUUCCUGGCUGUGAUGAGUGUGGACCGUUACUUAGGGCUACUGGCCACUGUGCAAUCUGUCUGAUUGUCUAGGCACACCCAGAGAGGGGCAAAAGCUGCCAGCCUUUGUGUCUGUAUCACCAUCAUGGUUCUGCCCUUCUUUUCCUUUGCUCAUAUCUACAGCAGUGAGUUACAGGCACCCAGUUGUGGUCUAAGCUUCCCGAGGUUCCAGGCUAGCCACAUGUAUACAUUGGUCCUCGGCUUUGCAGUGCCUGCCUGGGACCUGCUGCGCAGACUUUUUACCAUGAGGCUCCAAUCUGGCACCAAUGUUCUGGGCAAAGCCAGGAGAAGGGCAACUGCCCUGGUCCUCACUGUGUUGGCUGUGUGCCUUCUCUGCUGGAUGCCCUUUCACCUGGCCUCUGUGGUGGCCCUGACCACAGACGUGACCCACAUAUUCCUGGUCAUUGGCAUCUCCUGCAUCAGCAGCCUCAGCUAUGCCAACUCAUGCCUCCAUCCUUUCUUGUAUGCCUUUCUAGAUGACAAAUCCUGCAAGAAUUUCUGUACCAUAGUCCCAUGUCAGGAGGCCUGA